GGAAAUCCAAGGUUUGAGGUAUAAAAGCAACCGGUCUGACGAAAUUUUCGCUCAGUUUUGGUUUGCGUGGUGUGCCUUCGGAAAGCCGUUGCUCCUCAGCUCCGGGAUGGAGAUAUCGGUGGAAGAGUCGGAUUUUUGUGAGGAGACGGAUUUUGACUCCCCGUGUCCCAGUCCGACGGAGGAGAACGCGUUCAACAUGGAUUUCCUAACCGUCAACGGUCAUUUCGUUCCCAAGUCGGCACAUUCGUCAACGUGUUCAACGCGAAGUGUCAGUUUGGCCGCGACUCCGGUUCCCCCGGAUGAGGGAGAAGAUGAAGACGAUGGGAUUACGAUUAAUGUUCAUCAACCGAAGCACAUCUUCCAAUCGACCGGAAGGACAACUCCAGUGUUCACCUGGAAUCCUCUGCCCACAGCCAACGGCAUCGUCUACGCGAAGAACAAAGACAGUGAAGUGAAAUUUUCAAGGUUCGAGGAUGAUUCAUCGGAUACGGGAAGCUCUCAAGUCAGUGAUGUUGAAGAAACGCCCUGCGAGAAGACUACGCCGGAUUGCUAUCCGAACUGUGACGUGAACGUUUGGUUGCGAUCCUGUGAACAGGAGAUCGUCGAACCCAUCGAAGGAGCGGUAACGGGAGUCAUACCGGAGUGGUUGACCGGGAGCCUUCUGCGGAACGGGCCCGGUAGUCUGAAGGUCGGCGAGAUGACGUUCAAUCAUCUGUUCGACAGUUCGGCCCUGCUGCACCGGUUUAACAUUGAGGACGGGAAGGUGACGUACCAGUGCCGGUUUCUGAAGUCGGAUGCCUAUAAGAAGAAUCGAGCUGCUCAGAGGAUUGUGGUUACAGAGUUUGGAACGAGUGCAGUGCCGGAUCCUUGUCAUACGAUAUUUCACAAGAUCGCCGCCAUCUUCCGGAAACCUGGCGAGAACAACUCGGACAACGCCAUGAUCUCGAUCUACCCGUUCGGCGAUGAGUACUUUGCCUUCACCGAGAGUCCCAUCAUCCACAAGAUUGACCCACGUACUCUGGAUACCUCAACCAAGCUGAACGUCUCUGAUUACGUCGGCAUCGUGAACCACACCUCGCAUCCGCACGUCAUGUCCGACGGCACCGUGUACAAUCUGGGCUGCUCGGUGACCAAGACGGGCCCAGCCUACACAAUCAUCUGCUUCCCGCAUGGGGAGAACAUGUUCGAGAACGCGCGGAUCGUGGCUUCGGUGCCGGCCCGGUGGAAGUUCCAUCCCGGAUACAUGCACACCUUUGGGAUAACGGAGAACUACUUUGUGGUGGUCGAGCAGCCGUUGAGUGUGUCGGUGCCGUCGAUGCUGGUCAGUCAGAUUAGGAACGAGCCGAUGGCUUCGUCGUUGAAGUGGUUCGAGAAUCAGCAGACGUACAUCUACCUGUUGGAUAGGGACAGUGGCGAGCUGAAGCAUACGUAUCAUGCGGAGUCCUUCUUCUACCUUCAUAUCAUCAAUCAGUACGAGAAGGACGACCACGUGGUACUGGAUAUCUGUUGCUACAAGGACCCAGCCAUGCUUAAUUGUAUGUACGUAGACACGAUGAAGAACAUGCAGCAGAAUCCGGACUACGCCAAAAUGUUCCGGGGACGUCCGUUGCGGUUCGUGCUGCCUUUGAAUUACAAGGAUACAGUGAGGAGCUCGUCGGCGAGUAUUUUCUCCGUGAGUCGACCUUGGAGUUGCCUGAUCAAGAAGUUGAACGACGGCGAAAAGAAGAUCGAUAGCGAUGAGGACCGCGGAGAACUGACCCUGAAGAACCUUGUGACACUACAGAACACCAAGGCGACGGCGUACGUUAUGCCCGACGAAAGCGUAUUCUGCAAACCGGAGUUGCUCUGCGACUUGGGAUGUGAAACGCCCAGAAUCCACUACGAGGAGAACCUCGGUCGUGACUACCGGUAUUUCUACGCCAUCAGCUCGGACGUAGAUGCCAGCAAUCCCGGAACGCUGAUCAAGGUGGACGUCGUGGACAAGACCAAGCUGACGUGGUGUGAGGAGAACGUCUAUCCGAGCGAACCGAUCUUCGUGCCAAGCCCGGAUCCACAGUCGGAGGACGAUGGCGUUGUGCUAGCGGCUAUGGUUUGGGGUCGCGAAGAGGAGAAUCGAGUCGGACUGUUGAUACUGGACGCCAAGACGUUUACGGAGAUUGCAAGGAGUGAGUUCACAACACCAGGACCGGUGCCCAAGUGUUUGCACGGGUGGUUCCAAUCGUCAUCGAAGCGCGCUGACUAAUGACUCUAGUGGGAGACGUGCAAACAAUGUUCCCAUGAAUCAAUCAAUCAAUCGAUUCGGGCUUUCUGUUCUGACCCGCCGAUAUCGGGACGGGCACUGAUUUGAUGACCGCGUUUGUAGAUGGAGGAGGUGUUCAAUUAUGCAUGCAUGCGGAAUAAAGUACAUUAUCAGCUAGCAUGAUGGGCACAUUUGGAAUUCGUUUAUUGAUGUUAGCGACUUGGUCACAAUAAAUCAGAUGUUUGACUA